GUGUGCGUGCUAGAGCUGUUAAACAGUUCAAAAACGAGGAGUCGCGCGGACACACCUCAAGCCCAAGAAGUGAUACGAGGACGCACCGAUGUGGCCUGAACCACUUUGUCAUUGUAAAUAUUAAACAACUUGAGUUGGAGAAGUAGCGUCGGGGUCGACUUUGAGAUCCGUGUGACCCUGGUCUGUCGCUGUCACAGGGGAGGAGUGUCAUGGCGGAGCCCGACUAUCUGGAGGGAGACUGUGAUGAGCUCAUCAAACCCAAAAAGCUGAUGAACCCGGUUAAGACCUCCCGUAACCACCAGGACCUGCACCGUGAGCUGCUCAUGAACCAGAAGAGGGGUCUGGCUCCUCAGAACAAACCGGAGCUUCAGAAGGUUCUGGAGAAGAGAAAGAGGGAGCAAGUUCUCAAGGCUCAGAAAGAGGAGCAGGAGGCCCACAAGAAGAGGAGCGACCUAGAGAUAGAGCUCAUGAAACGACAACAGAAACUAGAGCAGCUGGAGCUGGAGCAACAGAAAAUCGAUGAGGAGCAGGAGAACACCCCUGAGUUUGUGAAGAUGAAGGGUAACCUGCGCAGAACCAAGCAGGAGACCGACGCGGAGGAACGAACCACCUAAAAACCAGCAGGGGUGUCUGGGUCUGGCUGACUGUGCGCGUGUUUGUGGGCACUGAGACGUCAGGAGUGUGUGUGCAAAAGAGAGAGCGUGUUUUCUGCGGCACACGGUGGUGACCUGACCGUGGUCCGAGAUGAACUUCCUGGCUUUCCCAACCUAGCUGUUCCUUCCCGCAGUGAGGAGAGAGACUUUACAGACUAAAGACCCCCCUCUGUCUGCCUGCCACGGACCGCCAGUACUCACCUCUGCUCCUCACACCCAUCCAGCAGCACACACCAACCCCCCUGCAGGAGGGACCUAACAAGGACAUUUUACAUGUUACAUGCCUUUCAACGAGGGCGAACAAGCUUCCAGUGAGCUCUGAUGGAGAACCAAACACACACACACACACACACACACACACACACACACACACACACACACACACACACACACACACACACACACAGGAGUCGUCAUCUUCUCUAUUUUCACUCCUCUCUCCACAGCAAGCUGUCAAUUCUCUUUACUGUUAUCAAUGUUGUUAUUGUUGUUGGGUUGUUGUUUGUUUUGUUCUCAUCUUCAGAAUCAAAUAAGGAAAAGUGGACACUGGAUGGACUCUUGAAGCUGUGUAAUGUAAAAGCCAAACAAAUGUGCUUUUGUUAUUUAUGUUUGUAGCUUUUAGCCCAGGUAUAGGGGAGGACACUUUUAGUCGUUCUGUAUUUAGUUUGUUUUACAGCAUAGUUUAUGAAGCCAGAGCAGGACAAAGGGAGUGUACAGUUGUGUGAAACACUCCAAUUUACUUUAUUACAAUUUCUUUUAAAUUCUAAACAUGCCAUUUCCUCAGCUAAUGCAAUUUUGAGCAAUAGUGGAACUCCCCGGCAUGAGAGUGGCCUGUUGUUUUGUAUGAAUAAAAGUGUUACUUAAUAAAUAAUUUAAGUUUU